AUGAAUCAGUUGAAAUUUGUUAGAUCAAAGAGUACAACAAGAUCGAGUCCUUUGAAAAGGAUCCAUUAAAAAUUAAGAUAAGUAUAAAAGCCUGGAAAACUGAAUGUCAGUGUUGGAAAGAGCAGAGAAACAUCUUAAAAUAAAGAAGCAAUACAUGUAUCAACUCCAAAGGAGAAGGUCUAAAAAUUACUCCAAUAAUUGUCAAUAUAUCAAAAAAACUCGAAAAAGUCCUACUUAGAAACUCCCGAAAGAACCCAAUCCUUCGUUCCUUUGUCACAUGAAAGAAACCUAUUCAACGAAUCUAUUAAACUCCAAGACUCAGCCUAUGGAAUCUAUAAUAACAACAUAUACAACAAAAAUAAACAGAACAAUUAAAUCCUCAAUCUGUAGCCUAAAAUGGAAGAGAGUACAAUAACAGAAAAAUUAGAUGCUUUUUAAUUGAAAUAAUAAUACAAAAGGAAUUCAUCCGAUCAAACUACCUUUGAUUAAUAAUCCCCUUCAAAUACUAUUUAUGGAAAUGCCACUAUUUCCCAAUUCUACUACAAUAAAGAAAUACUAAAAUAGAGCUAUUCAAUUAAUUAACAACAAAAUUCAGAUUAAAAACAAUAGUAUUUCUAUAAAUAACAACAAAUUCCAUAAAAGAAUGGCCCACAAAGUCAAUCCCACUCUCGAAACAAUUCAUUUAAAAACCAAUCGAAAGAAAAUACAUACAAUGCAAUCUCUCAAGAGUAACUCGUUAAGAAAAAGAAUGAAUCCAAAAACGAUUAUGAUGAAAUAAUCCUAGAAAUCUAUCCUUAAUUCUUGAAAUAAUGCCAAUAGAAUGCAAUUACAAAAAAAACUAUAGUGGAACAAACUGAAGAGGAAGAGCACUUACCUACCAAAUUGAGUACUAAAUCCCCACAAUAAGUCUAACUCUAUAGCGAAUUAUUAACUGACAAAUCUUUGGUCUUAGUUUCGCCCAAAGUAGUUAAAGACAUGGAAAUGCAAACUAGUUUUACUUAACCGAUGAAAAUAUCUCAAGAUACUACUGAAAAACCAACGAUUUCAACUUAAUUCGACACUGUGAAUGCAUCUGUUUAAACUAAAUUAAAAAAAAAGAAUCUUGGAUUGUUCCAAUAUCAAUUUUCAUAUAUGUCACCCUAGAACAACAACAAUCGGUAAGAUAUUGAUUUGUUAUCACUGGGAGAUUUCCAAUCAGAAAUAUUACAUAGAACUUAAAGCGAAUUUGAAAGGGAUUUUAAUUCUCAGGGUAAACAAAAGUAGAAAUUGGAAAUGUCUAACGCUAAGAUUUAAGAUUUUAGUGUUCAUCCAUAAAUAACCCAAACAAAACAAUAAACUUAUUAAUAAAAUGAUAGUAGGUAAAUAUUUAUAAUUACUAAUCAGAUCAUUUUUGUUAAGUCAAAAAAGCAACUUGUUUUUAUCAAAAGAAUAAUUGCUAGAUCCACAAGAUGAUAACCAUCCCUAUUAUUUGCAAGCUGAACCAAAGGAAAUAAACUCUAAUUUCUAUCUAAAAUAAUAGGGCAAUCAAGAGAAUGUAUCUUAAGAACAUUCAAAAUAAAGAAGAACAAACUUAUCAAACCAUAAAUUGGAGAAGGGAUCUUCAUUUUCGAGUACCCAAUGUUAUAAAGAUCAUUUAAAUAUAUUAUUGAGUCAAUCCUAAUAGGCUAAUGUCAGAGACAGUUAGCAUUACCCUUAUUUAAACUAAACCAAUUCCAUUAAAAAGAAGUAAAACUACCCUUUGAAAACUAAUUCAUUUAGCAGUCAAAAAACAAAGAAAAAGUAGAACAACCAAAAAACCAAAAAAUGA